CAUCAGUUAUUCGUCUUUGAGUCGUCGAGGCGAACGGUACUCACAGUCGGAGUGCAACUGGCAAUAACAAAACGCGAUGCGGUCCUAAUUGCUCGUGUCGUUGAAACCACAAAUAAAUUACUAAAAAUAAAAAUAACAUAACAUCAUAUAUAACUUAAGAAGAAAAACGCGCGAAUUCUUACUUCCUAAAGAAUAGGGGGAAAUAAUUCAAUAAUUUUAAAUUAUUGUUAAUCCGUUUUGUCGUUUUGUUUUGUGCGGUGCUGCCAAAAUUGUGUGUGCCUGUGUGUUGAAAAUUUGAAAUUUUUAAUAAAAAUAAAUAAAAGUUUUAAUCUUUACACAACCCAAAAUUCAUUGUCUGACGCGCGUUGCCAAACCCAUGAACAGCGCGCGUGAUGCACAUAUGAAAAGAAAUCUCUAAGAAGAAGUUGGGCUAAAAAAGAAAAGUGAUACCAGAAAAAGUUCCUUAAUACAGAGAGAUUGAUAUAUAUAUAAACGGAGAGCAGGAGAAGAAGACACAGAGAGUGCGAGGAAAAGAGAGAGAAGGAACGAGAGCGCAAUACACAACAAAGUCAUAAAAAAGCAACGGCCCUGCUGCUAAUUACAAUCAAUCAGAGUUCCUUGUUAGAGAUCUAUAGAGAAAAUCCAUCUAUAAAAUGAUUUCGCACAGUCCACCCAUAUUCAGUCACAGUCCACCCGUUAGUUUCCUAGCGGACUAUAUGAGCGGACAUCAACGUCAACCCCUGAAUUACAAUGACGAGCCCAACAGCCUGAGUGCGCGCUAUUGCCGCCCUCAAGCCGUUACUCUGGCCUCCAAAGCCAUGGUCAACAACGCAUCCAACGCUGCCCAGGGCCAACAGCUGCCCGCCAAAACAGGUGGCACGCCCCUCGGCGUGGGCAGCCGCUCUGGCCGCAGUUACCUGGAGCGCAUGGUCUCUGCCCCAGCGCUCAACACACAGCCCAAAUCGUGCCUCAGCCGCAAAUCCUGCCUGCACAAAGCCAACCAGCUCCCCAGCAUCCCCAGCACAGAUGCCGCUCCCACGGAGAGUGCGGAGCCAACAGAAGCAAGCAGCGACUCGGACGGAUUGGCCAGCUGCAAGCAAAGUCACUUGCCCAAAAAGCAUGUGAUCUUUGCUGACGACGAGGGUCUGUCUUUGACGGAGGUGCGCGUGAUGUCCGAGCCCUCGAAUGUGCCGCCAUACUGGAGCAUGAAGUUUUUGGAGCAGAUCACACAGGGACUAGUCAGUCCGCAUCCGCCGGAUCAGUGGACCGUGGACUUUAAGCAGCCAGCAUCCGACUAUUUGACAUUCAGACAAAAGAUCGAACGUGACUUUGUCUCGCUGGAGAAUGUCAUUGUAAAGGAUGAGGAAUCGAUUGUGGUGGGCACCAUCAAGGUGAAGAACAUUGAUUUCGCCAAGGAAGUCAUUGUGCGCGUCACCUGGGACAACUGGAAGAGCCAGCAGGACAUCUUUUGCACAUAUGCCAGGGCCUACGGCCCCGCCACCUGCGCCCACGUUGUCUUCGAUACAUUCUCAUUCAAGAUCACGCUGCCGCCAUCUUCUAAGCGUCUGGAAUUCUGCAUUUGCUAUCGCACAAAUGAUAAAGAAUUCUGGGAUAAUAAUGAUGGUAAAAACUAUACCAUCAGCAAACGAUCGCCCUUCUACUACAAUGCCCUGUCGCCCUAUGAUAAGGGUCAAAAUCGUAGUUCCAGCCAGCAAAUGCGAUCCACUUUAACCGAUGCACUUGCCAAAGCACAACAGAACAACUGGACCCAGGAACCAAAUACGCCAUAUUGGUAGAACAUAUAUACAUCUAUAUACAUAGUUAAAUAUAGUAUAGAAGUGCGAGCUAAUCGUAUAGCUGAGCAGGUCUGUGGCUGGAUCGGACACUGGGAUCAAUUGUGAUUCUCCCGAUGGUUCGAUUGCGCGAGGAGUUUGAUUAAUGUCCAUGCCGAAUGGCGCUCCACCCAGAAAUCGCCUCUAAAUGUUACGUCCUUCAAUAUUGAGAGCGACAAUUCGUAAUUUUUUAUCGUACCACACCUCAUUCAUUUUCUUAAGCCAGAAUCUGGUAAGGUGCCAUUGAGUUGAGGUUUUUUUUCUACAUACAAUCAAACAGAAACUACUUUUAUCUUAAGCACAAUUGAGUUUUGCGAAGGAAGAGAAAAGAAUAUGAAGAAGCUCAUUGAAUUUCAAGGUCCAUAUCCAUAUACCCAUAUACAUAUCUCCAAAAUAUUUGUUGUAGUCCGUUUGAUUGUGUCACGAUAUCGAUAUCAAUUUUUAUUUUCUGUACUCUUAUGUUUACCUGUAUGCCUGUGUGAUUGUCUACCAUCUAAACUGAUAUUAGCUUAAAAACGAAACAGCUCAAGUAAUAAUAAAUUAAAAAAAAAAAAGAAAAAAAGAAAAACUAUAAAGAAAAGCGUGAGUUAUCCUAGCAAACCAUUGUUUCGAAAUUCUCUUUAUAUGCAAAUGAAGAAACAGAAAAACAAAAACUCUAAAAGAAUAUACAAAAAUUUAGUAAUUAAGAUUUUGCACAGAAAAUUUUAUAAGAAUUUUUUUUGUUAAUUAUUAUUUUGGUUAUUUGAAACUCUAAGACUGAAAUGGCUUGUUAUGGAAAACACGUCCUCAUAUAAAAACACGUCAUAAUAAAAUAAUAUACUACAAGUCAAAACAUGAUUCGAAACAUCACUCAUAAUAAAUGAUCUGUGUCUCUAAAUGUUUUCAUGCGUGUCAACCCGACUUUGAAACCUAGAAAUUAAGCGAUUUGUACAUAGAACGUAUAUAUCUAUAUAUGCAUAUAUAAACAGAUAUGUGUAUACAAUAUAGAUAAAUCAUGCACCAGAAAAUUGCCUGUUAAAUACAUUUAUACAUUACCUACGCGUUUAGUUUUGUAAAAAUACCUAGCUCUAGUGCCUAGCGGUUAUUUAAUUAUAAGCCCCAAUACCACUUCCCGGCUUCUUAACAGCUGACGAGAAAAACUAAUUCUCUUCUAGAAAACUUAAUGAUUAUUUAGUUUUUAACAAACGCCAUCUACAACCCAAUAUAUGUACACAGAAAUUAUGAUACAACGAACCAAUAUGUUACAUAAUUAUUUUCAAUGAUUAAAUAUAUAUAAAAAAAAAAAAAAAAAAAAGAUAUACAAUUGUUUUUAUUUCAAAUGCAUUAACCCAGAUUGUAUGCUAUUCCUGGGGCUGGACUACUUAUUGGUGAACUAUUUACGCAUAUUAAUAUAUGUAUAUGUAUACUAUGAAAAGAAAGAAUUACCGUUCAAGAAAGGUGUAAUCAUGGUGUACCAUACCAAAGUACAGAUAUUUUUAUUACCGAAACUUAUUAUAUUAAUUCAUGAAAAACAAGAUUAGCCAAGCUUAUAUAUUCAUUAGUCCACGAGCUAAUAUUUGAGGUGAAAGUUAUAGUUUUAGCUGAACGGAACUAGAAAAUUGUUCGUUUUGCUACUGAGAUAGUCCAUUCUUUGACUUUGGUAGACUUCUAAAUGGAGAAGAAUGGAUGAUUAUAUACCUUUUAUUAAACCGACAUUUCAAGUUCGCACUCUUAAGAAAUUGUUUUACAUAUUAGCUAAGACUGAAAUCGUAAAUGAACUUCAAAUAUCAGCAGCAUUUCCGGUUAGGUUCACGGGUUAUCUGAAAGGUAAACUGUCUAAUAUACUGAACAAACUGCGUUUCGUGUAUGCAACAGCCAAAUGCGCAAAUAAAAUUCAAAUAUUUACUGUUGUUUGUAUUUUUUAGUUUAUUCAAUGUCUGUGGAAUUUUCUAUGCGGCAAUUAAGCGUUGUAUUAUAUUAUCUAUUACAUACCAUAUUCUGAGACCUGUUAAUCGGUAAUUAUCAUUGAGUUUGGAAAAACAACAUACAAAUA